UCCGAGCCCGCCCCGGGCUGGGCAGCGCCGGGAGCUGCCCCGGGCUCGUCUGUGCCGAUCCUCUGAACCUGGCUCCUGGCUAGAGCUGACAGAUGAUGGAAACAUUUCCCUGGCGAUGUCUCUGGGGCGACUCCUCCGUCGAGCCUCCUCGAGAGCGUCCGACCUCCUGACGCUGACUGCCGGCGGCUCCUGCUCCCUGCUCGACGGGGACAUCAUCUACUCCAAGAACAAUGUGUGCGUGCACCCCCCCGAGCUGCUGCAGGGCAUCGGGGAGCACCACCCAGGCUACCUGUGCUUGUACAUGGAGAAGGACGAGCUGCUGGGCGCCACGCUGAUGCUGGCCUGGGUGCCCAACUCGCGCAUCCAGCGGCAGGACGAGGAGGCGCUGCGCUACGUCACCCCCGAGGGCUCCCCGGUGCGCAAGGCGCCCCGCAAGCGCGGCCGGGGCCCGGGCCCGGGCACCGCGUCCCCCCCGCAGCACCGGGGGGCGCCGGGCCCCGGCGGGGACUCGGAGGGGCCCCCGGUGUGCCAGCCCCCCGGGGACGGGGCGCCCUCCUCGGAGCGGGAGAAGCCGGCGCAGAGCGCCCGGCCGGCCCCGCGGCCGCCCCGCAGCGACUCGGGCACCCCGUCCACCGUCAGCUCCCAGGAGGAGCCCUGCAGGUCCGAGGGCACGGAGGACGAGGGCUCCCUGGAGCUGUCUGCUGACGAUGUGAGCAGGGACAGCACUUUUGACUCUGAUUCUGACGCCUUCUCUUCCCCCUUCUGCCUCUCUCCCAUCAGUGAAGCCCUGGGGAAAAGCAGCAGCUCCGUGUUCAUGGACAGUGAGAGCAGGGACACGUGUGACAAUCGCACGACCUGCUCCACCAGCUCUGCCUCCAGCCUGGACACCAGUGCCCAGUUCCAGGAGAGCAAUGGGCAAACGCAGAGCACCAGAUGGGAUGAGCAGCAGAAGGUAUUUGCCCUCGAGCAGGUGUGUGGUGUCUUCAGAGUAGACCUGGGACAAAUGAGAUCCCUUCGCCUUUUCUUCAGCGAUGAGGCGUGCACCUGUGGGCAGCUGGUGGUGGCGAGCAGGGAGAGCCAGUACAAGAUCUUCCACUUUCACCACGGGGGCCUGGAUAAGCUGUGCGAGGUGUUCCAGCAGUGGAAGUACUGCACAGAGACCCAGCUCAAGGAGCAGCAGCUCGCAGAUGAGAAAACCUGCAUGCAGUUCUCCAUCCGCCGGCCCAAGCUGCCCUCCUCAGAGACGCACCCCGAGGAGAACUGCCAGCAGCGCCUGGACGUGGCAGCCUGGCUGCAGCACCUCAACGAGGCCGGCCAGGUGGAGGAGGAGUACAGGCUCAGGAAGGCCAUUUUCUUUGGUGGGAUUGAUUUUUCCAUCCGUGGGGAGGUGUGGCCCUUCCUGCUGCACUACUACAGCUACGAGUCCACCUCAGAGGAGAGAGAGGCACUGAGGCUGCAGAAGAGGAAGGAAUACUUUGAGAUCCAGGAGAAAAGGCUGUCCAUGAGUCCCGAUGAGCAGAAGGAUUUCUGGCGCCAGGUGCAGUUCACGGUGGACAAGGACGUCGUGAGGACCGACCGCAGCAACCAGUUCUUCCGAGGGGAGGGCAACCCGAACGUGGAGACCAUGAGGAGGAUCUUGCUGAACUACGCAGUGUUUAACCCAGCCAUUGGCUACUCCCAGGGCAUGUCUGACCUGGUUGCCCCACUCCUGGCAGAGGUCCUGGAUGAGUCUGAUACCUUCUGGUGCUUUGUUGGGCUGAUGCAGAACACGAUCUUCAUCAGCUCCCCCCGGGACGAGGACAUGGAGAAGCAGCUGCUGUACCUGCGCGAGCUGCUGCGGCUGAUGCACCCGCGCUUCCACCAGCACCUGUGUGCCCUGGGGGAGGACGGGCUGCAGAUGCUCUUCUGCCACCGCUGGAUCCUGCUCUGCUUCAAGAGGGAGUUCCCCGAGGCCGAGGCGCUGCGCAUGUGGGAGGCCUGCUGGGCUCACUACCAGACAGAUUAUUUCCACCUCUUCAUCUGCGUGGCCAUCGUGGUGAUUUACGGGGACGACGUCAUCGAGCAGCAGCUGCCCACUGACCAGAUGCUGCUGCAUUUCAGCAACCUGGCCAUGCACAUGAACGGGGAGCUCGUACUCAGGAAGGCCAGGAGUCUGCUGUACCAGUUCCACCUGCUGCCGCGCAUCCCCUGCAGCCUGCACGACCUCUGCAAACUGUGUGGGACGGGCAUGUGGGACAGUGGCUUCAUCCCCGCCGUGGAGUGCUCUGGGCACCACCCAGAGUCCGAGAGCUGCCCCUACGGGGGGCUGGUGGAAGAGUCUUCUCCUGCAGCAGGAAGUGAAGGCAAGAAGGGCCUGAGGACACGGGACGUCUUUGCCUUCCGAAAAUAGCGGAGAGGAACAGGGUGCGACGGAAGGGCAGGGAAGGGAAGGGCAGGAAGGAUGUGCACAGGGGAAAAUGUCAAAGAAAGAAAUGGAGGAACGGCUUGUCAAGGCUCCUGAGAAGACUGGAAGGUGUGCAACGGAGGAGGAGUUCAAUUGCUCUGUAGGGGAAGUUCCGUUGCGUGGGUGAUGGAACCUGAGAGAAAGGCAUCGACCCCGGAACUGUGUUUGGAUUUGAUUUUGUUAGAAACAAGCUUUUCUAGGUUUUAACAAGGAGUUUUUAUUCUGCCUCUGGGACUGGACUGGUUAGCAACCAGAACUUUCUCACCUGCUGGUGAGAAACGAGAGCACCCCGGGGAUCCAAGGCCAACCAGAAGUGUUGGUGGGCAGGUGGCAGGAGCAGGGCCAAGGCCACUGUCCCCUCACCCAGAGCACACCUCUCUGCUUCAACCAAACACGCAGCUUCGUGGCUUCUUUUUAAAGCCAUAAAAGCCAUUUUAAUUAUAUUCUGCCAAAAAUAAAACUGCAGAGCGUUGGGA